AUGAAUAACACAGACACCAAUCCAAUCAUGAUUGGGGAAUCACCUAACAAAUUCACCAACAGUAACCUUCUGGACCCUUCUAGAAGCCAGAGAAGUCUGCUAAAGAACCUACUAGAAGACAGAGGAUAUGUAGAUCAUAGGAAACGUGUGUGUGAUAGUAAUAAAUUAGACAAUACUAGUGAAUAUAGUGUGAUUAGAAGAAUUGUUUGCCGGUGCUGGAGGUUUAAGACGUUGUUAUUGUUAAUGUUAGUGACGAUAUUCGUUGAUACGAGACUGCAUGUGGAGGCGAGAAGUGCAGUUGUGGACCAAUGUAUGGAAAAAGAUACUUUGAAGAACAACUUAGCGAACGGUUAA